AUGGCUGAUGACACACAUGCCAGAAUUGUUAAUGUAGGUGGCAACUGCGAUUUUUAUAAAGAGAGUUGGGUUUACGAUGAAUCGUAUCCUCUUUAUGAUUCACUUCAAUGCCCAUUCAUCCCUGGAGAUUUCCAUUGUCUUAGUAAUGGUCGACCUGACAAACAAUAUCUCAAAUACAGAUGGAGCCCAACUGGAGGAUGUGAUCCACCUAAGUUUGAUGGCCUGGAUUUGGUCAACAGAUUUAAGGGUAAAAAAAUCAUGUUUGUCGGUGACUCAAUCAGUAAUAACCAGUGGGUGUCUUUUGCUUGCAUGAUUCAUGCAGCUAUUCCUAAUGCAAAUUUUACUACUUACCAUGGCGUCCCCAUGGCAUCCAUUAAUUUUACGGAAGGAAACAAGACAUACAAAGAUAUAGAUGAUCGUUUCGCUGCUUUUGCAAAAGGUUUAACAACUUGGUCAACUUGGGUUGACAAAAAUAUUGACCCCAAAAAAACUCAAGUUUUCUAUCAAGGAAUUUCUCCUACGCAUCCGAAGGGCAAGGAUUGGGGUUUCCCACACACGACUUGUGCAGAUCACACAACACCAAUUAAUGGUACUACAUAUCCUGGAAUUCCAGAACCAGGAGUUGCUGUACUCAAGGAAGUGUUAAGUAAAAUGUCGAAUCCUGUCAUUUUAUUGGACGUGACAACCAUGUCACAACUAAGAAAAGAUGCUCAUCCAUCAUAUUAUACCAAUCAAGGUCGGACGCUUCGUGAUUGUGGCCAUUGGUGUGUGGCUGGGGUACCAGAUACAUGGAAUCAUCUUCUUUAUGCAUCUAUUGUUGGCCGGCCAGAAACAAGAACGCAUAGAGUUGAUAUGAAUUUGCCCAUAUUGAUAACCUAA